AUGUGCUGCCCAGAUGUGCUGCCCACCCCCACCUUCCUCCUAGGACUCAUGUGCUUGACAGCUUUCAGCAACUUUGCCAGGACUUCUGCAGACUUCUCAGGUUACAUAUCACAGGUAUUAAAGAAUUACACUGACCAUGCCUGUGAUGGAGAAUAUGUGUCCCUGAGAUGUCCCCACAGAACCACCAUCAGCAUCCAGUCUUCUUUUUACGGCCGAAUUGUACCAAGCCAUCAGCUGUGCCCUUCUCGCUAUCCCCACUCCUAUGCAACUUUAAUUAAAGAAGAUGUUGCCUGUUCAGUUGGCACUUCUCUUCAGAAGAUGCUGGAUGAGUGCCAGGACAGGCGGAGCUGCCAGUUCCUCGUCAACAGCCGGCUCUUUGGGACGGACCCCUGCCCCGGGACUGGCAAGUACCUCCUUGUGUGGUACAAGUGCAGGCCAAAUGAAUACAAGAGUAAAGUAGCCUGUGAAGAUGACAAGCUGAGGCUGAGCUGUAAGAAGAGCAUGGUGAUAGCCAUUUACUCUGCUAUCUUUGGGAGGACACAAGGAGGCAGCCUGGAGUGCCCAUACCAAAACCUAGGAGUGCCCAUGAUUGAGUGUCAAUCAGCUACUGCUCUGCAGCUCAUGAUCAAGCGCUGUCACGGGAAAAGGAGCUGCAGCAUAUAUGCCAGCACCUAUGAAUUUGGAGAUCCUUGUUACCCAGGCAUCCAAAAGCAUCUUAAUGUCAUCUACACCUGUGUUCCCAAGAAGCUUCUGCAUGAAACUCAGGCAGGACCAACCAAUCAACAAGGGCAUCAGAAGUCACAUUUUCCGCUGCAGCCGAGAGCGUUUGACCCCAAUGUUAUAGGGGACGGCGUGUUCCUUUUGGAUGUCUCUCCUUCCAACAUAGAGCCAGCUCUCCCAGCAGAGAAGAAGAAGGGGAGGUCAGCCACUUUCUACCCUGUAGACAACACUCCCCUCCUGCUCCCUGUGGAUGAGACAGAACCGCCGGGGCUCAGCAGCAGCAGCAGCAGCAGCAGCAGCAUGGAGCCCGUGGGUGUUGGCACAGAGAUGGCCCUGCUCAGCAACAUCCUGGCAGCCUAUGCCUUCAUCACAGAAAACCCCGAGCGGGCUGCGCUGUAUUUCGUGUCCGGAGUGUGCAUUGGACUGGUGCUGACCCUGCUGGCCCUGGUGCUCCGGGUGUCCUGCCGGACGGACUGCAAGCGCUCCUCCUCCAAAAAACCUCCCCGGGAGCGGGAGAGCGACAGCGACAGCAGCGACAGCGACGACGACUCGGACACCACGUCGGACCUGUCGGCCCGCAGGCACCGCAGGUUCGAGAGGACUUUGAACAUGAACGUGUUCACCUCGGCGGAGGAGCUGGAGCGGGCGCAGCGGCUGGAGGAGCGGGAGCGCAUCAUCCGCGAGAUCUGGAUGAACGGGCAGCCCGACAUUCCCGGCACCAGGAGCCUCAACCGCUACUACUGAGCCAUGGGGGCUCCGUGCUCCUGCCCUGCGCCCCGGGGCUGCCCCACACCUCGGGGAGCAGAGGGAGGGGACAGUACAACAGGCAUCUCCCCUUUUCCCACCAGGUGUGCCGCCUGGAGCGCGUGGAUGGACAGCCGUGAUGAUUCCCAAAUCUCUCCCUGACAUAUUGGUAUCAGCCCUCUUCCCGGACGCUUUCUGGUUUCAAAGAAGUGAGUGCCAACUUGCCAACUUCACUUCCGAGCAGCAGGCAGGGAGGAGACAAUGGCAGCUCUCCCGUGUGGGAUGUGGCAUUGGGCACACCAUGGUGUGAGUGCUCCUUUCUUGGCUGGACAGCGAGGCUCUCCAGGAUCUGGUCUUCAUUUAGGAUUUUUUGGUUUCCCUUUCCCGAGGACUGUGAAAGAAUUGUGAACAAAAUGACAACUCUGAAAGAUGAUUUGGGGGAGGUGCAUCCUGACCAAUUGUCUUGUGACUUCAGAAGCCAUGAGAUUAACCUAAUUACGACCCAACAGCAAAUAGGACUUGUUAAGAACUGGGGGAUGGGAGGGAGGGGGAUUCUUCCAUCGUGAAAUCAUC